CAUUAAUUUUAGCAUAACUUCUUUUGUUUUGUGGUUUUUGCAUUUUGUCAUCCCUUCUGGGUCAUCUUAGAAAAAUGGCUUUUGUUGUUAAUUGCUGCUAAGUAAAUGAACAGGAUAAUGACCUUUGUUAAUGCUUGUAACAUUGUAAAUCAAAUUAUUUACAUGCCCAUCAUUGGUCUGCAUGUGUAUCGAAUUACAUGUGUUAGAACAUUCCUUCAGUGCUUCUAACUGGUUUUAAUGUGAGUGAGUUCAUUUCUGGGUUGGGCCCCAGUGAAUCCUAGGAACGCCUCUGGAAAGAAAACCUAAAACACAUGUAAAGGUGCUGAAGGUUGAGAGAGACAGACAGCGGCCGGCCUGUGAGAUUUAUUGUUUCUUUGUUUCUUUAUUUAUUCGCAGCAGUGCUCAGCCUCCAGAUUAUUGCGUGCCUGUGAGAGUGCGCGCUCCCCGCACCUCGCUCUCCCUCUCUGUUUCUCAGCAGCAGACACGCAUCCAUGGAGCGCUCCCGCAGCCGCCCGCAGCCUCCCCGCCUCGGAAACCAGAUUCUAACAUGACAUUAGGAGACAACCCGGCUCUCUGAAACAGGAGCUCAGUUCGGUUCGGCCCGCUUUGCCUCACAGAACCUCCCCGGUAUCACUGCCCAACUUUUUACCCCCCUCUCCUUCACUUCGGGGGGCAGAAAGCUGCUUCCCUGGGAUUACCGGAGCUCCUGCUUCAUCCCUGCUCUGGUUCUGUGGCGGCUUCAGGCGGCAGGAGGAAGGGGUGGGGGAGAUUCGUAUGGAUGAGGCAGCCGAACAGGAGAUGUCUCCGCCGGGUAUCCGGCGCCGGGAUGGAGCGACGCCGAACCGGAGGAGGAUGAAGGCGAGACGGAAAAGGCGAAAGGAGCUGGUUUUGAUCCAGAUCUGCUUGUUCGGAGGAUUCCUGCUGGCAGCGAAGGGCUUGUCAUACUUUAGGGAAGAUCCAGAUUUUCCCGCCUCGGCUGAGGGCCAGGAGAGGCGCGUUGGACGGAAGCUGCUGCAGGAGACGUCCAACAGCAGCCUGGAGGAAGAGGAGAUUGAUGAAGAGCCGAAGAACUGCACCGCUCCAGCUCUACACGAGUUUCCAACCGACUUCUUCACAAACAAGGAGAGAACUGAAGGAGCUGUGGCUCUGCAUGUGCUCUGUACCGUCUACAUGUUCUGCGCUCUGGCGCUGGUCUGCGAUGACUACUUCGUCCCUUCCAUGGAGAAGAUCUGUGAGCGCCUCCAUCUGAGCGAAGACGUGGCGGGAGCGACCUUCAUGGCGGCUGGCAGCUCGGCUCCAGAGCUCUUCACCUCUAUAAUCGGCGUGUUCAUCACCAAAGGAGACGUCGGGGUCGGCACCAUCGUGGGCUCCGCCGUCUUCAACAUCCUCUGCAUCAUCGGCGUGUGUGGCUUCUUCGCUGGCCAGGCUGUGAAGCUGUCUCACUGGGCUCUGCUCAGAGAUUCCAUCUAUUACACAUUUUCCAUCAUAGCGCUAAUUGUGUUCAUCUAUGAUGAGAAGGUGUGCUGGUGGGAAUCUCUUGUUCUGAUCCUCAUGUAUGCCGUCUACAUCCUCAUCAUGAAGUUCAACGGAAAGGCUCAUCGUUACUUCAGCCGGAGGAAGAAAGGUUCUGGGAACCUGGCGAACGGGCUGACAGGAAGUACGGAUCUGGAGGACAACGUCUCGUACGACGCAACGGCAGUUCUGCUGAAGAAAGCUAACUUUCACUGUCCGCCGUCGGUGCUGAUGGUGGACGAGCUGCUCUCCGCGUACCCCCACCAGCUGACCUUCUCUGAGGCCGGCAUGAGGAUCAUGAUCACCAGUCAUUUCUCCCCCAGGACUCGCCUCACCAUGGCGUCCCGCAUGCUCAUCAACGAGAGACAGAGGCUGAUCAACACCACGGAGACUCGGGUUAACUGCAUCACCAACGGCGACUCGGACUCUGCCACCCGAGGUCUGGGGAGGCGGGGCCUAGAGAACGGGAUGGGUGGAGCUGAGCAGGGCUUCAACGGGAAGCUGCAGCGGCUGGAGUCAGGCAACGAGACGGAAAACGAGGACAACGAAAACAACGAGAACGACGAGGAAGGAGAGGGAGAAGAGGAGAACGAAGGGCCGCUGGUGCCAUUUAAAGUCCCAGCGGGCGUCUGUAACAAACUCAAGUGGCUGCUGAUGUGGCCGCUGUCGCUGCUGCUCUUCUUCACCAUCCCAAACUGUGCCAAGCGGCGCUGGGAGCGAUGGUUCAUGGUCUCCUUCUUCACCGCCACCAUCUGGAUCGCUGGCCUCUCCUACAUCAUGGUCUGGAUGGUGACUGUGAUCGGCUUCACUCUCGGCAUUCCCGAUGUCAUCAUGGGAAUCACCUUCCUGGCGGCCGGCACCAGCGUCCCAGACUGCAUGGCCAGCGUGAUCGUGGCCCGCCAAGGUUUGGGAGACAUGGCCAUCUCCAACUCCAUCGGCAGCAACGUGUUCGACAUCCUGGUGGGUCUGGGGCUUCCCUGGGCGCUGCAGACGCUCUGCAUCGACUACGGCUCCAACGUCCUUCUGAACAGCAGAGGACUCAUUUUCUCUGUAGGAAUUUUACUCGCCUCAGUGUUCUUUACAGUCCUCGGCGUCCAUCUGAACAAAUGGACUCUGGACUGGCGGCUGGGCCUGGCCUGCCUCGUCAUGUACGCCAUCUUCCUCUGCUUCUCCGUCCUCAUCGAGUUCAACGUCUUCAUCUUCGUCAACCUCCCCAUGUGCAGAGACAUCCACUGACCCCCGCCGCCCCUCUGCCUCUUCCUCCUCAUCCUCCUCCUUGUCAUCGUGCGCUGGCUUGCGGAGGGAGAGAAACUCAACCUGGCUUCCGGUUUGUCGGCGCCUCGGAAUCGAGUCCGACCUUUUCUUUGUUUAGGAAACCACAGCUUCGUUUGAAACGUCUUGAGGAAGACGCGGAAGGUUUGGGUUCGCUUCUGGAACCGGAUCGGAUGGCCAAAGAUGGCGCCCCGGCGGCGGAGGUUGUUGCCAGUCGCGAACCAACCAGUUUCGGCUGAACUGAACAGCUUCAUGGCGACAGUUAGGCGAGCAGCUCCUGUUAUGUAAGAGAGGAAUCAGCGAUUUUUAGCAUUUUUACAAGUUUGGGUUUAAGCACAAAAUUAAGGUAUUUUUAAGUGGAAUAGAGAUUUCUCUGUAUAUAUUUGAGGAUUAUAUAGGAACUUAUUUUAGCUGUUGAAAUUGAGUCUUUUCUGCACAACUGAAGGACCCGAGGAAGCAGUUAAGUGAUAUUUGGUGUUGCUUCAACUUGUCCUCCGUUGCAUGCUGUUCGCCACAGCGGUCGCUUCGCUCUCACAGAGAAUCUACACGUUUAACACUUUUAAUAUUUAGGCCGUUUUCUUCCAUAUCCAAGUAGAUGUGGUUUUACCAAACCGACGAAUGAAAGGGACCUACUCCAGCACUGUCACUUUAACCUAGAGAAAUCUAUUUCUGUAAGAGCGGUCUGCGGUUUUCUGGAAGUGUGUAUCUGCUGCCUGUAGACCUCCUGUUAAUCUUUUAGUUGUUGUUUAAAACCAAAAAAGUAUUUUUAGGGUAAAGGUCAUAGAUUGACCGUGUGUGUGUGUUUGUGUGUGUGUGUGUGGAUACCACUGCUUCUGGGAAGACAUCAUCAUGAUUUAUUUAUGAAUUAACUUAUUCAAAGAUCAUGUCUGAACAGUAGUCAGUGCUCUCCGAGGCGCACGGUGAACUCUGCGAUGCGCCACACCUAACAUUUAAUCUAACUACUGAUGUUGUUUUUACAGAUCUUUAUAAUUUAUAAGUUUUGUACAGUUUAGUUCAAACACAUGAGACAUCGUGGAGCAUCCUCCUCCUCCUCGCGUUAAAAUAGUGAUGAACUGUGGCUGUAAAAGAUUGGUUUAAGGAGAACAGGAAGUGACGGCAUGCCAGCGUUUGAGCUUUUACAGCGUGUUAUUCCUCUGCCGUCUCUUAUAUUUCAGACUUUAAUGCUAGAGGCAGGAGUUAAGAUGCAUUAAUGUUAUAUCAGCUUUAGGGUUUUAGGGUUUUUCUUAUUUAUUUGAACUUUGUUUUGCUUCUCUUCUCUUUUUCUCAGGGUGGAAUAAUGAGAGAACAUUCAACUGCAAUUAUUUUUGAAAAGCAAAACCUGCAGUAAUUUGAAUAUAUUGUAGAUUUUCACCAUUAAUAUUUAAUCAAAUAUCUGCAUAACUUUGGCUGAAAAUAUGUGAUUUUCUGUAUCUCGUAAUGCAAUAAAGCAUCAAGAAAGCCCUGCAGAGGAUAGUGAGGGGAGCUGAGAAGAUCAUUACCUGCAUUUCUAUUGACCAUAUAAUUGCACAUUUUGAAAAUAAACUAAUUUGCUUAAUGGAAACACACCAAUUUAAAAGAAGCUCUUGUUUUUUGUUUAAAAUAAUGUUUGGACAUUAGGACGAGCUGCUUUUUCGCCGUAUCAAAAUUGGUUUAUUUCGCUAAACUGCAGUGGAAACACCUUUUCACAUCACGAGUCACAUGGUCAACAACCGGAUGUUUCCAUUGACGCAAACCAUGAACACGACAGGAAGUAGUUGGAGGAUCAUGGCGUUUGGGUCAUAUUCAUGUUGUUUAAUGACUUAUUGCAAUUAUUCACAUGUGAUUUUAUUUGCUUUUCUUAUUCAAUGAAAACACAGCAAUUGGAAAAUUGUGUCCUUUUUGUCGUUAGCAGAAUAUUGACAAAGUAUUUGAGGCAAACAGGAACCUAAAAAAAUAAUUUAAAAACUACAGUAGUUAUUUGAAUCUGAGAAAAAAGGCUGAGUAACAAUUUUCCCAACUAAAUCUACAGUUUUCUCUAAUGUCAUUUCACUCUCACUGUUUUGGAUAUUAUUGUGUUAAGCUUUUAUGCUGCCAAAGAAAGAACCAGAUGCUGCCAUUCAGCAGUUAUUCAACCUGGUUAUUUUCAAAUUAAAAUACCUGCAGAGCUAGGUGAAUGUAUGCAUAUAUUUGAGUCAGAGUGCAUUUGUGCAUUUUUCUAUGUUGUCUUCAAAAAUCACUGCAGUUUUUUGACGUAUAAUUAUUCCACCCUAGAGAAACUCUGAUAAAUCGCCAAAUGCCUAGAAUGAUUACAUGAUGAAUACUGUUUAGAAAAAAAUUAAAGAUCCUUUUUACAGUAUUACUUCUGUUUCCGCAUGUGUUUAAACUAAAUAUGGAAGUAUUUGUUGCUAUUUAUUUUUAUGAGAUUCAUACCUGAAGCAUCUGAUGGAUGUGCAGCUGCUCCCCCAGUUCCCACCAGAGGGCGCCGCUGAGCAUCUUUACACAUCCACUAAAGCAGCUGGAUUGGUUUUAUUUUCCAACACAGAGACAGAUGCUUUUUUGCAUGCCUCUAUAACUAUUAAAGUUACUUUGUGUGAUUUUAACGCGUUUCUAACACCAGGUAGGCGCUGACUGCUUGGGUUAUGCUGUACAUAUCAGGGGGAAGUUGCUACUUUAAAAUCUGGAAACAGAUUUCUUUAGAACAUAGAUCUGCAGCAGUUAGAUCUGUUUAUUAUUGUUGUCAAAAGUCUUUUGGAUAGUUUGUAAAAGAUCCAUUUUUGUUGACCUCUGGGAAGAACCAGAAGGAGAAGAAAAUGUUCUCGCAAUAAACUGACUUGCAUAAGCUA